UGCAAUAGCAUCAAUCUUACGAGCCUGGCUCGAUCAGUGCUCUGAGGAUUUCAGAGAGCCGCCCAGCUACCCAUGUUUGCUGAAGGUGCUGGAUUACCUGAAGAAGAACAUAGCUGGCUCUGACCCAGAGAGGAGGGCGGAGAACCUUUUGGAGCAGUUCCAGAACGAAGAAGCAGAAACCGAUGAUGUGUUCUAUAACCCUUCCACCUGUAACCUAUCUGAUGAAGAGGAACUGGAGAUCAACAGUUCAGAAGAAUUCUUGUCUUUCCCAGAAGACCUUGUGGCAGAACAGUUGACAUACAUGGAUGCAAAACUCUUCAAGCAAGUUGUGCCCCACCACUGUUUGGGAUGCAUCUGGUCACGAAGGGAUAAGAAAGAAAACGAGCACCUGGCGCCUACCAUCAGAGCCACCAUCUCACAGUUCAAUGCAGUUACCAAAUGUGUUAUCAGCACUAUCCUGAAGAGCAAGGAAGUCAAACCACAGCAAAGAGCGAAGAUCAUUGAGAAGUGGAUUCAUAUUGCACAUGAAUGUAGGAUCCUGAAGAAUUUUUCCUCCUUGAGGGCCAUCAUUUCAGCACUGCAGUCCAACUCUAUCUAUCGGCUAAAGAAGACCUGGGCGUGUGUUACAAAAGACAUAAUUCUGGUGUUCGAAGAGCUGUCUGAUAUCUUCUCGGAACACAACAACUAUCUGACAACUAGAGAGCUGCUAAUGAAGGAAGGAACAUCCAAAUUUGCGAAUUUGGACAGCAGCGUGAAAGAAAAUCAGAAAAGGACACAGAGGCGACUGCAACUUCAAAAAGAUAUGGGACUAAUGCAAGGCACGGUACCUUAUCUUGGUACCUUCCUCACCGAUCUCAUCAUGCUUGACACAGCCCUUCAGGACUAUGUCGAGGGUGGCCUGAUCAAUUUUGAGAAGAGGCGAAAGGAAUUUGAAGUAAUUGCCCAAAUCAAGCUCUUGCAAUCUGCGUGCAACAGCUAUUGCAUGACACCAGACCAAACAUUCAUCGACUGGUUCAAGGGACAGCAGCAUUUAACUGAGCAGGAGUGUUUCAGCCUUUCAUGUGAGGUUGAAGCAGCUGCUGACAUUAACACCACAUCGCCGAAAUCUCGGAAAAGCAUGGUGAAGAGAUUCAGCCUACUGUUUCUAGGCUCCGAGGUGCUCGCCCAUAGCACACCCAUCAAAAAGCAACCCAAACCUACUGCAGGUGGGAGCUCUGGUGAAAGCACGGACUCAGCCAGCGUUUCGUCAUGCGAGUUGAAUCACUGUGAAUUGGAAGACAUCUACAUGACUUCCAUAGGCCCUCUCUAUGGAUCUCAGAAAAAGCUCUCUGAAUCCUCCUCCUCCACCCAAGUCACGAACAUAUCUUCCUCGGGAGUGUCAUUUUCCAACCCACCCCCUCCUGUGCUGGCCUCCAACAACAACAAGAAGUGUGCUGUCUCUGUGACACCCACUACCUCAAAAGUACUGCCUCCUAUUUACAAUCAGCAGAACGAAGAUAUGUGCAUCAUCCGAACGAGCCUAGAAGACGACAACAGCAAUAUGUACAAGAGCAUUGUGAUAACUAACCAAGACAGAACUUCUGCUGUCAUCCAGAGAGCUCUGUUGAAGCACAACCUGGAAUCUGACGCAGUUGAGGAUUAUGAGCUUGUACAGAUCAUCUCUGAGAACAAAGAGCUGGUGAUGCCAGAUAACGCCAACGUGUUCUACGGCAUGAACAGCCACGUGAACUUCGAUUUCAUCCUGCGGAAAAAAGCUUCGGUCAACGGGCAGGUGAAAAGGAGGAGCCAUUGCAGUCUGACACUCCCCAGAACUGCCAAACGGGGCUGUUGGAGCAACUGGCACAGCAAAAUUGCACUGUGA